CCGAGAGUGGAGCCACCAAACGCCGACGUCUGAAUUUUCACUUUAAAGCAAAGGAAAAGAGAGGGAGGGAGGAGGUUUUUCUCAUCGAAGUCUCUGUCAACAGUUCUAUUUCUCUCUCGUCUAUAGAUAUUUUCUCUUUGUUCUUCUGUUUGUCUAGUUCUGUUCGACAAUGGCUAACGCGGCAUCUGGAAUGGCUGUACAUGAUGAUUGCAAACUAAGGUUUUUAGAGUUGAAGGCAAAAAGAACCUAUCGCUUCAUAGUAUUCAAGAUCGAGGAGAAGCAAAAGCAGGUUGUUGUGGAAAAAGUUGGGGAACCAACUCAAAGCUAUGAUGACUUCGCUGCAAGUCUUCCUGCUGAUGAGUGCCGCUAUGCUGUUUAUGACUUUGACUUUGUGACCGAAGAGAAUUGCCAAAAAAGCAGGAUCAUCUUCAUUGCAUGGUCUCCUGAUUCAUCAAGGGUCAGAAGCAAGAUGAUCUACGCAAGCUCCAAGGACAGGUUCAAGAGGGAAUUAGAUGGUAUUCAAGUAGAGCUGCAGGCCACUGAUCCAACCGAGAUGGGUCUAGAUGUUAUCAGAAGCCGUGCCAGUUAAAUACAAGUCUCCUAGCCUCUGCAUGGAGGCUUUCCUUAUGCUUAUGCUUGUAUGAGGAGUGAAAGGUCAAUAGUUUGUGGUGGCUAUAUGAGCCUGACUGGAUUUAUGUCAUUGGUUUUGUUGUUCAAGUUCUCUACCUGUUUUCAUCUAGAACAGAUACGGUUGGUUUUGACUUAUGACCUAGUCCUUGGUUAUGUGUGGAAGUGAUGAACUGGAUGUCUCUUUUAUAAGUUAUAUGCGCAUUAAGGGAGGGUUUACCUACUCAAGAGAAUAAUGCUUGAUAAUAUUAAGCAUUGCAUGAGAAGAUAAACUGCCUUUAGCCUAUUACAUGUACUUUGAUGCUUUAUUGUA